CAUACUUUCAGCAGUAAAUAUAGUUUGUGAAUAGAUUUACGUAAGAAUACAAAGUAAUUAGGGUUAAUAAGUAAAGUAUUAAUGAUGUGUUGGGUGAUAAAUUAUGCAAUUAGCACUAUUGCAGUGUUGGUGAUUAUUAUCUAUAAAUAUCUGACGUGUAAUUACAACUACUGGAAAAAACAGGGAAUUCCAACAGCGAAAGGAAUACUUCCAGGUUUUGGACACAUGCUCGAUGUCUUUAUACUGAGAAAAAAUGUAUCUACUCAAUUGCAAGAAAUUUAUGAAGCUCAUCCCGCUGACAGUAUGGUCGGGAUUUACGAUAUGCGGAAACCGGUUUUGUUGAUCAGACAUCCGGAGCUGGUGAAGACAGUGCUGCAGACUGAAUUCGCAAGUUUUAGUGAUCACAAUACUCUGGAUCCUCAAACUGACUUUCUUUUGGCGAUAGAUCCAUUUUUCGUAAAUGGUGAGAUGUGGAAGAGUAUGCGGGCUGUAUUUACGAGUGCGUUUUCAACGAAGAAACUCAAAUUUGUUUCAUCGGUUGCCAAAGACACGUGUGACGAAUUUUUCAAAUUUAUUGAUAAAAAAUUUGAUGACAAUAACAAUAGUAAGGAGGCUGUUGAAAUUAAUGCUAAGGUUUUGUUUUCUAAGUUCACUGCUCAGCUAGGAAGUAGCGCGAUUCUGGGUGUCGAAGGAAAUGCAUUUGAUGACGUUGAUCCACCGGGGUCAUUUCGCGCGAUGAUGAACUCGAUGUUAGAAGUCAAUACGUCGACGGCAAUUAGACAAAAUAUUGUCCUGUCGUUGCCGUUUAUGGGCAAACUAUUGAAAGUGAGUUUCGUCCCAGCGUGGGUCAAUGAACGUUUCAACAAGAUCGUCAACGAUGUUCGUGAGUUGAGAAAAAAUCAGUCGAUUAACAGAGACGAUCUUCUGCAACAUAUAAUUGAUCAUGAAGGAAGUCAUAAGUAUGGAAAUAAUGUAUCAGCGCAUGCGUUUUCAUUUUUCAUCGAAGGUUACGAGUCGUCUAGUUUGACUUUGAGUGCGACAGCUUAUUUGCUGGCAAAGCAUCCAGACUUUCAAGACAGGGCACGAGAGGAGGUCGUUAGCGUCCUGAGUGAAUAUAAAGAAAUUUGCUAUGAAGCUGUUAAUGAAAUGACGUUUCUGGAUCAAGUUUUCCGAGAGACCAUGAGAUUGUUUAGUCCCGUAGGGAAAUUUCAAAAAAUCUGCUCUAAACCAAUCACUCUUCAAGGACCUGAUGGACUCUCCUGUUCACUGAAACCCGGCGACGAAGUUUUCAUUUCGGCCAUGGGGAUUCAUUAUGAUCCGGAAAUUUGGGAAAAUCCAAACGAAUUUAACCCUGAUCGGUUUGCUAAAGAUUCCGCGGAAAGUCAACGCAAGUUUGUCUAUUUGAGCUUUGGAGAGGGACCUCGUAUAUGUCCAGGAAUGCGCAUGGGUAUGCUACAAAUAAAAGCCGCAAUGGCAAUUAUUCUGAAGAACUACAUCAUCGAACCAUCGUCCAAAAUGAUUGAACCUGUGACAAUAGAUCCAAGAUAUUUUCUAACUUCCAUCAAAGGCGGGUUUUGGGUUAAAUUGAAACGCUACUAAUAUUUUUAUUCACAAAAUUGACUUCAUUUUAUCUAUUUCACUAUUAAAUUGUUAAAUUUUUCAAUCCUUCGACUGGUAAGAAAUAAAAUCUACUUUAUUGUCAUAAAAAAAUUUAUUGUUCAUUUUCCUAAAUUACUUUUUAUUUCAAAAAUUUUUUUCAUAAGUAUUUGAAAUUUUUAUUUUCUGUACAAAUAGUAAAUAAGAGAAGAUGGGCUUUUGUAAGGUCCCUCGAAAAUUUGGUAAAAAAAUUACGACUUUUUAUAAAUUUCAUAUCUCGAAAUUUUUGAGCGUGACACUAGAUCUGGGGCACGAUGGGCACCUAGGAAAAUUUUUUUAAAAUGUUUGGACUUAUGAUAAAUUUAUUAUUAAUUUUGGAUCGAAAUUUGCAACCAGGGGUAAAAUGGACACUUAAAAAAAAUAAAAUAAUAAUU